AAAGGUCUGUCAUUAAAGACAGGCGGAUCGACUGCUGAUAACAACGUCUUUACUACGGAGUGAUACUCAGAACUUACUGCGAUCCGAGUUUGCGUGCAUAGAUACAGGUUAGCCUAUUAAAUUGUUAUAUUUGGACAGUUAUUUUAACUAAAAUAGAUGUUCUCGGCACAACAGCAUUCAACACCAUACAAAGGUUGCAAUGAUAUGGAUAUGUUUGUAAUGACAAGGUUUGACAAAUUGCGAACCUAAUUUCCAAGCGCGUCUGUUCCCCAGUCCGAGAGAUAUCCCUCUUGUAACAUGACAUGCAGCAGUGUUAUUUUGCGCUGUGAAAAGAGUAAGACAGUGUUAUCCUCUGUUUUGAUUUUCAUUUUAACUUUAUUUAGAGCAAAUGGUUUUAGGUGCAAUGUGCGGACGAAUGGGGGGAAGUACGUUUCUUUUGACGCUUUUGACUACUUUUAGCGGAUUUGUCAGCUCAACAUACGGAACAUGGAAGAGCAGUGUUCAUUCGAAUCGUGUGAACAAAGUGGAAAAGCCGUCAUCUCAGCCUCACAUCAUCUUUAUUAUGGUUGAUGAUCAAGGAUUUCGAGACGUGGGGUAUCACGGGUCCGAAAUAAAGACCCCAACACUGGACAGACUCGCCGCAGCAGGAGUCAAACUGGAGAAUUAUUAUGUGCAGCCUCUGUGUAGCCCCUCAAGGAGCCAACUGAUGACCGGCAGAUAUCAAAUCCACACUGGCCUCCAGCAUUCUAUCAUACGACCCACUCAGCCGAAUUGCCUCCCUUUGGAGAACAUCACCCUUCCUCAGAAACUGAAGAACGCUGGGUACUCUACUCAUAUGGUGGGGAAGUGGCACCUUGGCUUCUAUAAGCGCGGCUGUAUGCCUACACAGCGUGGCUUUGAUACCUUCUUUGGCUCUUUGUUGGGUAGUGGUGACUACUACAGCCAUUACAAAUGUGACAGCCCAGGAAUGUGUGGGUACGAUCUUCAUGAGGGCGAAGAAGCUGCCUGGGAGCAGGACCAUGGCAUCUAUUCCACCAUCAUGUAUACUCAAAAGGCAAUAAACAUCCUGGCAUCUCACAAUCCUAAACGGCCCAUCUUCCUUUACUUGGCCUACCAGGCUGUACACUCACCCUUGCAGGUUCCUGCCCGCUACCUUGAACGCUAUAACUCAAUCCCAAACUUGCAUCGCCGCAAGUAUGCUGCAAUGGUCAGCUGCUUGGAUGAGGCAGUACGCAAUCUAACUCUUGCUCUCAAGCAGUAUGGCUAUUAUGACAACAUGGUUAUGGUGUACUCCUCAGACAAUGGAGGUCAACCAAUGGCAGGAGGCAGCAACUGGCCACUAAGAGGCAGUAAAGGAACUUUAUGGGAAGGAGGAAUACGAGCGGUAGGAUUUGUACACAGCCCUUUACUGGUCAAAAAGGGCACUAGAAGCAGGGCUCUGAUCCAUAUUACUGAUUGGUACCCGACACUGGUGAUGCUUGGUGAAGGUACUCUAGAUGAAAACCAGAACCUUGAUGGUUAUGAUGUCUGGGAAGCCAUCAGUGAGGGACGUCGCUCACCUCGACUGGAUAUUCUCCACAACAUAGACCCUAUCUACACCAAAGCCAAGAAUGGCUCUUGGAAAGCAGGCUAUGGAAUCUGGAACACAGCCAUCCAGGCAGCACUCCGUGUAGGCGACUGGAAGCUCCUGACUGGUGUGCCAGGAUAUAGUGACUGGAUUCCACCACAGACUUUCUCCAAACUGCUGUUGGCCAAUCGUUGGCACAAUGAACGUGUGAACUGGGAUCGAGGCAAAUCUAUAUGGCUCUUCAACAUUACAGCUGAUCCAUAUGAACGAGUGGACCUUUCCCAACAAUACCCACAUGUAGUGAAGAAGAUGCUAAUCAGACUUCUACGGUACAACAAGACAGCUGUGCCAUGCCGCUACCCUCCCAAAGACUAUCGCUCUAAUCCUCAGUAUAAUGGGGGGGUCUGGGGCCCUUGGUACACAAAUGAUGAUGAAGAUGAGGAUGAUAACCUUCUCUCAUAUGAUUUAGAACAGAUGAAGAGUUGGAAGAAAGCAAAACGAAGAGGGAAAUUCAAAAGAAAGACCUGAGGUCUAUAGAAGUUUAUGCUGGCUCCCAUUUUGUCUUUUGUGGUACCUUUCAAGGUAUGAACUCAGGGAUGGCUGUAGUCUUUAACUUCCAGCACAGUCAUUUUCACUGAUGUAUAGAUUUACCUCUAAUUUCAAUUUUAGUUUCAAAGUGAAUAUUUUCUAUUCCAGUUCAAUGUGCAAAGAAUUAUAGUUAUAGUUAAUUCAUAGACUAAACACUGUGAGGCUUUUAAGGCAUUGCUAAUGUUUGAAAAAUCUGACAUGUCAACUUUUGGCUCAAACAAUGCUGUAAUUUUGGGUCAGGACAACUAUAGCGGCAAAUUAGAAAAGAAAAUCAUUGUUUUUGCAAUUCUGUUUGGUGCUACUAAAAGCAUAAAAAUGACACACCUUCAAUGAAAAAAAUGCAUGAGGAAGGAAACCACUUUAAGUACUACUGCAAGUCUUACAUCUUGAAUUAAAAAAGUUUCAGGGUUGCGUAACACCGUGUCCUAACUACACAUGUCGCGACAAGAUUCUAGAGACAAGCAAUUUGGCUGUCCACACCAGACGUAAAGCGACAGCACAACGUGACAGAAUACCUGAAUUAUCACAACCAUUCAGAAGAGCAGAAGUGCCCGAUAGCACGCAUACAUCAUGGAGACAUCUCCAUUUACAUGUAGAAAACGUAUUUGUAGAGUGUUUGCUCAUCUACAAUACGUCUAUAGGACGUUUCCUAUAAGAUGUCAAAUAGACAUCUAUUAGAUGUCUUUAAGAUGUUUAUGUUUACAAUAUAUGUUAAACUGACAUCUUGCAGAUAUCUGUCGGAUGUUCGUACACAGCAGAUGCUUUCUAGAUCAAGUGAUCUUUAACAGACAUCUUGCAGAUGUAUGUGUGCUAUCUGGGGCACUGCACUCCCAACGAAAUGGACAAGUUUAUAAUCUAAUUCAGAAAUAUUAAACCUUUUAACAUUAUUAAUACUUGUGACUUGUUAUACUCAGUGACUGUUACCAUCUUUGUCAUGGAAAACACUUGUUGGUUAGCUUUGAGUUCGCAGUUUUAACAUACAUGUUUGCUUAAAAGUAUUUUCAGGAUCUGAGGUAAACAAUCUGAUGUUGCUUUCAGUAUGGCUAUAAAUGUCACACAAUGAUAUUUAAAUUCACAUUAGACACUUUUAACAUUAAAUAAAGCACAUAAUCAGUACCUGAAAUUAUAAUUGUCAUAGUUUGUAUGUUGUUGUUCCAACCCUGAUGUCGCAGAAAUAGAAACCGUUUUUUGCGUGUCACCGUCGCAGCUAGUUAGGACCAAAUUAACAUUAUUAGUGUGUAGUUAGGACACGGUGUAAGAAAGUUGAAAUUGGUGCUGUAUUAUGUUAUUGGCAAAAAUUUUAAAUGAGAGAAUUUCUAUUACUGUAUAUAUUUAAAAUUUAGAACCUCAGAAGAAGAAACACAUUAAAAAGCAUUUAUUGAAGUGGUUUUUUUUUUUUUCCCCUCACUGUUGUUAUCUCAUUUGCUAAAAUUGAA